AUGGCUAAACGUAAUUUCAGUUCCUCUAGGGUCCUCUGCAAAUUCUUUGCCCACGAUGCUUGUCUAAAAGGGGAACACUGCGAGUACUCUCAUGACUGGAAGGCCCCACCGAAAAACAUUUGCACGUACUACCAAAAGAGAACGUGUGCUUAUGGAAGUCGAUGCAAGUACAACCACAUCAAAUCCCCCUGCCUGCAGCCCUCACCUUUCUCUUCCUAUGGAGACCUUUCAUCCACCGAAGAACCUCUUUCCAGCACCACCACAGAACACACACUUCAAAAUGGACCAUUUUACCCUUCAUCAGUUAACGACGAAUGCAGUGUAUACCGACCCAUGGACCGAUGUCCAGUUUGUAGGAGGUGGUGCCUUCACACGGACAGGCCAUGGGAAAGGGAAGAGCACGCGAGGGCGUGCGAGGGAAAACGGAGGCGGGCAGAGGCAGUGAGGAGGAGCCGGGUUGUGGAGUGCAAUGUGUGCAUGGAGGUCGUGCUCUCGAAGCCAAUGGCAGCUGAACGGAGGUUUGGGAUACUGUCGGAGUGUGACCAUUCAUUCUGCAUCACGUGCAUACGCAGCUGGCGGAGCAGUACUCAGGCGUCAGGGACAGAUGCCAGCUCAACAUCAAGAUCGUGCCCAGUGUGUCGGAGAUUGUCCUACUUUGUGGUCCCCAGUGCCAUUUGGUAUUCUUCGAUGGAGGAGAAGCAAGAGAUUGUUAACAGUUACAAGGCCAGGCUGAGGUCUAUCGAUUGCAAGCACUUUUACUUUGGAGAUGGGUGUUGCCCAUUUGGUGCAUGUUGUUUUUACAAGCAUGCAUAUCGGGAUGGCAGUCUUGAGGAAGUGGUUCUUGCGCACCUUGGAUCUGAUGAUGAAGAUACAAUUAUUGCCAAAGAGCUUAGACUCACAGAAUCUUUUAACGAUAUGAGGCUCUGA